GUCUAUGAGUUCCUGUCUCGGCUCCGUAAGGAGUUUGAGCCCCGGCGUGCUCAGUUGUUUGCUCGUGGCCGUAUUUCUCUCAUGGAGGCGCUUUCAGAGAUUCGUGCUGAGGAGACUCGCCUACGUGGUGCUGGUUUGCUGGAGGUUCCCUCUGUGCUCGCUACUCGGGUUUCUUCCACUCCACCUGCUGCACCGCCCCAUUCUCGCUCGAGUGCUUCGCCGCUCUUGCCCACUCCUUCUGGAGGCUCAGGUCGGCCCCGUUCACAUUGUGACUACUGCAACAAUGAUGGUCAUAUUGAGUCCCAGUGCUACACAAAGCGGAAACACCUGCGCAAGGCGCGAUCAUCCUCCUCAGGGCCUUCGUCAUCUCCCUCGCCAGCUUCAGCCAUUGCUUUGACCGAGCAGGAUAUUCUGAGACUUAAGCGUCUGCUCGCGGCUUCAGGUUCUUCCUCGACGGGUACUGCUGGUUCUGUGACUGAUGCUUCCCGCACUGAGCACCCGCCCUCUACACAGUCAGGAUCGUCGCACGCACACUCUGGUUGGGGCUGGCCCUCGCCGCCGUGAUUCUCAGGGUCUUUGGGAGUUGGACUGGCUUCAUGUUCCUUCCGCUGCCACCACCAUCGCCAGUUCCUCCGCUGCUGUCGCUUCUGUUACUGGUUCCUUCAAGCAGUGGCAUCAUCGACUUGGUCAUCUAUGUGGUUCUCGAUUAUCGUCUUUAGUUCGUCGAGGUCUUCUGGGGUCUGUCUCAGGAGAUGUCUCUUUAGAGUGUCAGGGUUGUCGUCUUGGCAAGCAGAUUCAGCUACCAUAUUCUCAUAGUGAGUCAGUGUCUCAGCGUCCUUUUGAUUUAGUCCAUUCUGAUGUAUGGGGUUCGGCUCCUUUCACUUCGAAAGGUGGUCAUAAAUACUAUAUUAUUUUCAUCGAUGAUUUUUCUUGUUACACAUGGCUUUAUUUCAUGACUUCACGUAGUGAGGUGUUGUCUAUUUAUAAG